CACAUUUAGCAAUGGGCGUGAGACGAUGGAUAGACGCUUUUGACGGGAAGAGCUAUAACGGACAUAAGCUUCAUAUAUACAUACAUAUAUUGGACAGACGAUAGCAAAAAUAACACUGCUGUAUUUUGAGAGCCAAAAACAGUAUUGUUGCAACGCAUCUAUACAUUUGCAUUCUGCAUUAGUUCAUUCUGUCAAAUUGCAUCUGAGGAAGAAAAACAUGUUCUACACGUGUGGUCCAAAUGAGGCUAUGGUGGUGUCAGGUCCAUUCUCUAACCCAUUGUUUCCCAACCCUGUAAUGAUUGCUGGAGGCAGAGUGUUUGUGCUUCCCUGUUUUCAGAAGAUCCAGAGGAUCUCCCUGAACACUCUGACGCUGAACGUGAAGAGUGAGAAAGUUUACACCCACCAUGGGGUUCCCAUCUCGGUCACUGGUAUUGCCCAGAUGAAGAUCCAGGGGCAGAACAAGGAGAUGCUGGCCGCAGCCUGUCAGAUGUUCAUGGGGAAGUCGGAGGGCGAGAUCGCCCAAAUCGCCCUGGAGACGCUGGAGGGCCACCAGAGGGCCAUCAUCGCCCACCUGACUGUGGAGGAGAUCUAUAGGGAACGUAAGAAGUUCUCAGAGGAGGUGUUCAAGGUGGCCUCGUCCGACCUGUUCAACAUGGGCAUCAGCGUGGUCAGCUACACGCUCAAAGACGUUCACGACGACCAGGACUACCUCCACUCCCUGGGGAAGUCCAGGACCGCCCAGGUGCAGAAAGACGCCCGCAUCGGAGAGGCCCAGUUCAAGAGGGAUGCUGUGAUCAGGGAGGCCCAUGCCAAGCAGGAGAAGAUCUCAGCCCAGCACGUCAAUGAGAUCCAGAUGGCCAUGGCUCAGAGGGACUAUGAGCUGAAGAAAGCCUCCUACGACAUCGAGGUCAACACCAAGAAGGCAGAGUCUGAGAUGGCCUACCAGCUACAGGUGGCCAAGACCAAGCAGCGCAUCGAGGAGGAGAAGAUGCAGGUCCAGGUGGUGGAGCGCUCUCAGCAGAUCAUGCUCCAGCAGCAGGAGAUCACCCGCAAGGAGAAGGAGCUGGAGGCCAAGGUGAAGAAGCCUGCUGAGGCAACGAGAUACCAAAUGGAGAAGCUGGCCGAGGCCCGGCGUGCACAGCUCAUUAUGGAGGCUGAGGCUGAGGCAGAGUCCAUUAGGAUUAAGGGAGAUGCGGAGGCCUUUGCCGUGGAGGCGAAGGGGAGAGCCGAGGCGGAGCAGAUGGCCAAGAAGGCCGAAGCCUUCCAGCAGUACAAGGAGGGAGCCAUGGUGGACAUGCUGCUGGAGCAACUACCACUAAUGGCGGAAGAGAUCAGCAGGCCUCUGGCGCAGGCUCAGAAGAUCACCCUGAUUUCCAGCGGGGGUGCGGAGGUGGGUGCGGCCAAGCUCACAGGAGAGGUGCUAGACAUCAUGACCCGCCUUCCAGCGACGGUGGAGAAACUGACGGGAGUCAACAUCUCACAGGUGACAACUCAUAUGGGCUGAGGACUCCGGUGAUCAGGCAGACCUAUUUCACAACCCUGCCUACUACCACAGCCUUUAACUCUCUCCUCAAGUAUGUUAUGCCAAAAAACAUAUGGUGCCCUACGUAAUUAUUGGGACAGUGAAGCAUUUUAUCUUCUUUUGGCUCUAUUCUCCAAAAGUUUGGAUUUGAAAUCAAACAGUGACUGAGGUUAAUGUGCAAACUGUCAGAUUUUCGUCCAUAUCGGGUGAACCGUUUAGAAACUGCAGAACCUUUGUACAUAGUCCCCUCAUGGGACAAAUUCACUUAUAUAUGUAUUAAAGUACUAUAAGGUUUAGUAUUUGGUCCCAUAUGACUAGAUCAAGCUGACUAUACACAUUUGUUGGAUGUAUUUGUUAUUUUGUUUUGGUUGUGUUUCAGAUUAUUUUGUUCCCAAUAGAAAUGAAUGGUAAAUUAUGUGUUGUGUCAUUUUGGAGUCACUUUUAUUGUAAAUUAGAAUAGAAUAUGUUUCUAAACACUUCUACAUUGAUGUGGAUGCUACCAUGAUUAGGGAUAAUCCUGAGAGAGUUACAGACGCACAAAUGUCAUAUCCCCAAGACAUGACAACCUCUCACCUUUACAAUAACAAGGGAGGUUAGCAUUUUGGGGGGUUAUUAUAUUUGUGUUUCUGUAACUUUCUCACUCAUCAUUAUUCACGAUUCAUUCAGGAUUAUCCCUAAUCAUGGUAGCAUCCACAUUAUUGUACAAGUGUUUAGAAACAUAUUCUAUUCUUAUUUACAAUAAAAGUGACUCCAAAAUGACACAAUACAUUAUUUACCGUUCCUUUCUAUUGGGCACAAAAUAAUCUGAAACCAAAACAAACAACAAAUUCAUCCAACAAAUUCGUAGGGUCACAAGCUUGAUGUAGUCAUUGCAUGCUAUGAAUAUGGAAACCAAUACUAAACGUUUUACUACUUUUGAAGUAUAGUCAAAAUAAGAAACAAUUAUUCACUGCCCCAAUAGUUACAGAGGGCACUGUGCUGUAUCUAGUAUCUACCCUUCUAUCAAGCCCCUCUUCUUUCCAUGUGCCUUAAUACCCCUGUCUCUGCCUAGCUCACCUUUCACCUCUUUGCGUGUAUAUUUGUCCCUUGAUUCCCUCCUUCAUAACUGGCUGUGUCCACUGCCUUGCUGCCAAACCCUAAGUGCAUCUUAACUGGCGAGUUCAAUGUAAACGCAGUCAAAUCCUCCACCCAUUAUUCUUAUUCUCAGCGCUCAGUCUUACUUAUCAGAAGCAAAGGUGACCUGACCAAAUCUAUGUUUGUCUUUCAUUGUUUUUAAUGUUACUGGUUGUCGUUUUAGUCUGACGAAAUGUAAUUGGUUAAGAGAGAAAUGUCAUGGCUCUGUUUGUACUAAGUUUGAGUAACAAUGAAUGUGCAAAAUAUGAACCAUUCAAAGUAUCCAUUAUUCUAAUCUAUACCUGCAAAGGCUCUUGGGAGAAGUAGUGUGAAAUAAGACAGUCAAUUUAGCUGUUUUUCUAUGUAUUAUUAUUUUCUAUGUAUUUCUAUCUGCGAAAUGUGUGUUUUCCCAUUGAUGUGUGUCUACAUUCACUGUUACAAUGCGUAACUUACGUGCUUUUGAUGUUUUAAAUGUAUUGCCUGUGUCUCGCAUACUGAAGGAUCCUAUUUAAUCGCUAGUCUUUUGAAAGGUCAAGCAGAUUAUGUAGCAGCUCUCACAGAUGUGACUUGUAUUCAUUUUGUCCAGAGUGCUAGGGGACUGGUUUACUGCUCUGUUAUAGCUGUCAAAACGGUAAUUUGACGUUAUAAUCAUGGAACUAUUGCACUUCUGCCUGACACUACAUAAUGUGAAGUUGUACUAUUGAUGCUCAUUGAGAUGUAUUGUUAGCAGUGAAGCUACGUUGUUAUUAAGGUGGUCCUCAGAUCAACAGAAAUAGUAGCUGUGGUAAUGAAUGAUAAAGGGAGGAAUUUUAAGUUAGAAAAAAGUGAUUGUCAUCAGAAGUAAAAAGAGAGGAGGUGUCAUAUGUAAAAAGGACUUCUGAAAGCAGGUUAUCUAUUUGAGAACCUUCCGUAGCCUUAACUAAAGCUAGCUGUGUUGUAUUGUACUACUAAUAGACGUAACUGCUAGUACAUAAUAGUAUGAUAUACAAGUAAUGAGUACAUGGCACAUAUGUCAUGACAUUGCAUUUCACCAGAGGAAAGGCAAGCGGUCAUUCCUCAUCACUGUAUGUAUUGACUGGUGCAAUCAAAUUUCCCCUCUGGGGGAUUAUAAAGUACUAUCUUAUCUUAUCGUUCAAUCAAUGCCUCAGAUCAGAAUGUUCAAGGGAAAUAAGUCAGAUAGCAUAGCUUGCAAGCCCUGUGUGUCUCAUGGUAUUGUAGGGUCUAAUGAAACGACUGACUCAGUAUAGGAAGUGAGGUUGACAACUAACUUGCCUUAUCUCCACACACUGUCACCCUCUACCUCACCGUCGCCACACAAGCUCCCUCUUAUCAACUGAUGAUGUCCGAUUUUUAUCAUUUUCUCCCUUCAUUUUAUUUAUUUAUGUGAAACACGAGACAUUUGUUAUAUUUAAGUGUGUUUUUCAGUAUGAUGAUACUGAACAGGUACUACUGUUAUAGCUCAGUAAACAAACCAGGAACUGAACCAGAGGUUCCAAAUAUGGCCAAAGGGGCAAAGUAUGGGAAUAUUUUAGAUGUAAUUAUUGUUGAAAUACUACUACUGUACCCAUUUUAGUGAAGUAUUAUACAAUGUUUUGUUCAAUUUAGCUUGAAACAUUUUAUACUGCACACAAAGAU